AUGUCAGUUACAUCGGAGCUAGACACGGCUUCCACCUGUCCUGGCUUUGAAGGCAAUUCAGAUCUUUAUGGUCUCGGUAUUCGAAUCGGCGUCUACCUCCAGUGGUAUUCCACCUGGCUAUGCAUUACAGUGGAUCCCGAAACCUCUGGAGAGACGCAUACUGCAAACGCACUAUUCAUAUUUGCCAUCAUGGUGGCCCUGUUACAGGCAAUGAGCAAUCAGUCGAUCAACAAUGUUGAAGCAUAUUUGAUGCUCCAAAUUUGCUUUGGCUAUCUGCUCACCCUUCUGAGCAUCUUUGGGCUGCGUCUUCAGCUUCUGCAUCCUUACAGGGCGCAAAGGAUCAUGUCAUCAAUGCUGUCGUUUUUCGCUCGCAGAAACGAAGAAUCGUCGCAAUCCAAGUCGCUAAUAUCUAUUGAGAAUAUCGACAUGGAAAGCGCUACAUCAAUCGGAAUGCUUCCUAGCUUGGUCAAAAUUCUUGGUGGGCUCGCGGAUCACCAGGUUACUCUGCGUCUCAGUGAACUGAACAACCUGAAGGAAGGCACACUUUCCUGGUUUGGUGUGUUCUGGAGAAUUUCGAUCGCAACAAUAGUUGUUAUAACGAAUGCGAUUCUGGUCUUCAAUUCAGUGUACCCGCCACUUCCCACCGACGGUCUUUGCAGGGGGCAUGGCUUUGUUUUCAUGUUUACUACAUGGGAGUUGAGCGGCUCCCGUCUGGUCUUUCUUCAGGUCGUCGCAGUGGCGAUCGCUGUAGUCUUUGGGCUCAUCGCGUCCAUCAUUGUUACUACAUCCAACCAGCUCAUCUUGUUCCUUGAGGCUCUCGCAGUCAGCGAUUUCAUCUUGUGGAUUUUCAAGACAGUGGUGCCAACGAAAUUACGCGGCCCAAUUCUUACUGGAAUCUACCGGUUCUUUUUCAUGGUUUCUCAGGCGCUCAAGUCAAUGCAAGAUCCAACCAGUAUCUAUCAGCCCGGUCAGGCUGUUUCACUCUAUGCCCUCUUUUCAAGCGGCGCUAGAUUUGGGAAUACUGAAAAAUUGGUGGUCCCCAAAGACACAUCAAGGAAUAGCACCCCCAAAGGAUGGGUAGUUGUCACUAGUCUAUGGCACGCAUGGAUUGUGGGUGCAACCAUCUGGUUUAUAGUGAGCGUAGAACUCAACAUUCGGUGGAACAAAAUCACGGGGGUCCAUACCAUUGAAUCGACCGGCCAAUUGAUUCCGUUCGUGGUCGGUGUGGCGAGUUUUAUACGAGCAAAGCACAAAUUGAUCGUACUUAUCAUCAAGAAACAAUUUCCUGAUUGGGAAAAAUUGGACCUGGAAAUUACAUUCAUCCGUACGACUCCCGUCAGCUUCCAAAUUGUGGAAAUUGAGGAAAAGCCGAAACCGUCAAACCUACGUGCGACAAAUCUACCUGGCACAUGCACGAUAUAA